AAUCCCUCGCCAUCAAGUAUGGCGGCCACAGCACUCAGUCUUGGCAGAGAGAAAGAGUACUUCAUCAGCAUGCACCGGGAGCUGGGCACAGAGAAGGGCCUCACCUGCCUUCGUGUAAACCACUACCCGCCCGUGCCUGACACUGUGCCUCAAGGAAUCACCCGCUUCGCCGCCCACUCCGACUUUGGCACACUAACCUUCCUCUUUCAAGACGAUGCGGGUGGUCUACAGGUUCAGGACCACGACGAGACUUGGGUGGAUGCUGUCCCACUUCCCGGAACCGUCCUGGUCAUGGUGGGGGACUUCCUCAAGUUUAACUCUGACGGCAAAUUCUCCGCUGCGGUGAGCAGUCUGUUAGAUUCGUUGGUCUAUGUUGGUUGUAAGGCAGUUAGUUAGUUUACUUUAUUUUUUUUCAGUAGUUUCGUUAAUUUUAGUUUUAAAACAUCUUUAAUUGUUCACAAGU